GAUAGAUAGAUAGAUAGAUAGAUAGAUAGAUAGAUAGACAGAUAGAUAGAUAGAUAGAUAGAUAGAUAGAUAGAUAGAUAGAUAGAUAGAUAGAUAGAUAGAUAGAUAGAUAGAUAGAUAGAUAGAUCAGUGCAGAUUUACUGCAGCUGUCUGACAAAAAAUGAAGCCUCUUAUGGCUCUCGUGGUCCACCACCACCACCACCACCACCAUCAUCAUCAUCAUCAUGUUCGUCUUCACUUUCAUCACCGCGGAGUAGAGACAGCAACGCCGUGACUCUGCAGCAGGACACGCCCCCUAAUCGACAUCUCUCUCUAUAUAAAGACCUGAGCUCAACAUUCCCACCAGAACCCGCAGAACCUGUAGAGCUGAGCUGUAAACAGAGUUAUAGAGUUAUAUAGAGGAGAAAUGAUUCUUCACUAAACUUCUCCUCUCAACGCCCCAAUGGUCAAACAUCACUCAGCAGCAGAGACAUCCAGCUUCUGAAGUCUCGCGCGCGUUAUCUGUUGCUCAUCACCAACAUCACCAGCUGCUGAGGCCACCUGCAGGCUCGAGAGGAGAAGAUGUACCGCUCCACCAAAGGAGCGUCUAAAGCGCGGAGGGAUCAGAUCAACGCCGAGAUCCGCAACCUGAAGGAGCUGCUGCCCAUCUCGGACUCGGACAAGUCCCGCCUGUCCUACCUGCACAUCAUGUCCCUCGCCUGCAUGUACACCAGGAAGUCCGUCUUCUUCUCUGAAGAUCCAAGCGAGGCAUCUCAUCAUGAAGGAAGUGGAACGUUGCUUUCUAUGCCUGAGAUCUCUGAGCUUGUGCACACCUUACCAGGCUUUCUCGUGGUGCUAACAAGUGAAGGCAAACUCCUGUACCUCUCAGACAACGUCGCAGAGCACUUGGGCCACUCUAUGGUGGAUCUGGUUGCUCAGAGUGACAGCGUCUACGACAUUAUAGAUCCCACUGACCACUUCACCAUGAGGAGCAAUCUUGUGCCAGUUACCACACCUGAGACAGAGCGUCUCUUUCGCUGUCGCUUCAACACUUCGAAGUUUGUGAGGAGGCAGGGCUCUGGGAACAAAGUGACUCUGGUGCGAGCCCGCUGUGUGCCGUCACCUUUCCACGCAUCCUCCUACUGGAUGUCCAACCCGGUGUGGGUGUGUUUCUGCUCACCUCUAGAGCAGGCACCACAAUCUUCAACCACCAGGAACCCUCUCCCCACCCCACCUGCAGAACAAGCCUUUCUGCUUGCCUGCUUCCAGUCUCAGCACAGCCGGGACAUGAGGGUAGAGGCGGCUCAGGAUUGUGUGAGUGUGUACCUGGGUUACGAUGUGGACACACUGCGCUCUCGCUCCUGGUAUAGCCUGGUGCAUCCUCGUGAUCUAUCUCACGCCUCUGCACAGCACUGCACCCUGCUGCGUGAAGGAGGGGAAAGGCAGGUGGAGAUGGUGGUUCAAGUGGAGGCAGCUGACCACUCUUGGGUGUGGCUUUACAUGGUUCUUCAGCUCCAGAAUGGAGAACAUCCUAUCGCCUGCCAGAACUAUGUCAUUAGUGAAUCUGAAGCAUGGUCAGUGCGUCAGCAGCUCUGCUCUGAGCAGAACCAGUUGUCCCUCCUGUACCAGGAGGGUAUGGUUCAGCAGUGCUCAGAGCCAUCCUUGUCAAGUCCAGAGCAAGUAUUCACUCCCAGCAGCAGCGGCCUGUCCACCCAGUCCUUCGACUUCAGCUUCGCUGCCUCUGGUCGCAGUUCCUCAGAGGAACUGCCCAGUGGCACCGCCAGCCUGCCAAUGGGCUCUGCACCCUGCCCUACCUUCCCUCUGGAAGAUGACAGCUUCUCCCAACAGCUUGAAAGACACCAAAUGUGGUUACCUGACACCACAAAGUUCUCCACAACACCCAGCGCAACUGUCCCUCCCUCUCAACCACAGAGUCACAUGUCUAGUUUGGCAGGUCUUUCACACACAGUAGGUAAUAGUCAGGCUCCUGUUCCUCCUGUGCAUCCUCCCCACAUUCAUAACCUGCCCAAACGAGCCAGCAUGGGGGAGCUGGUUUGCACUCCCCCAUACACUCCAAGAUUUGGAGGAGGUCGAUUCAUGUUUGGCGAGGAACUCUUUAAACCAGACUCCACUGCCAGUGCAGUGAUGAGUUCCUCAAGUCAAAUAACCCAAACCAUGCAGUCAGCAAGUCACCCAGCAUCCCUCUCAACAGGCACUGGUCUGGCACUCUCUGUACAGCACUGCCGUAGGCGUCUCUAUGAGAAACAACCUCUCACCCCAGACAGUCCAGACACUGACAAGUGCAUCCUCAUGGCAUUGCCAGAGAUAAGAGGGCCACUCUACGUAGAUCUUCCACAUGCAGUCCAUCACGGUCCCCCCGAGGGCCUCCUAACCCCAGAAGCUUCUCCCACUGAACACCCCUGUCAGGCUUUCUUCAACCAGACAAUUGACAAUGAACAAGAGCAACUAGAAAUCUCCCUCUUGGCUCAGUAUCUCAGUUCCGUAGCAGAGGGUUUCUGUCAAGACUGCCCACCUGCAACACGCACCCCAUCCCCUGUACUUCCCCAACAGCCCUUACUCACUCAGAACCACAUAGAGGUAGCAUCGUCAUCUUCUUGCAUAAAAACGCCACCCACCAUGUGCUGGAGGGACACUCACUCACCACAAGUUCAAGACAAAUCCUCUUUAUUUGAAGAAAGACUUCUACCUGUUGUCCCAUCCUCCUCCACCUCUUCCACCUCUUCUCCCAAUCCCUCCUCUCCUCCUGCUCAUCCUCCUCCUGCCCCAGUGAGCAUCUGCUCUCCUGGACAUCCACAGGAGGAGGCUUUAGUUGGUGUGCACCACCUCUGUAGCGUCCAGUUGACGCACCGUAACAGCGUAACCGGGGGCAGGCUGUUGGAGCCAGAGUUGACCAACGAGGGAGAGGCUUUCACCGAGAGUGAGAUGGACAUGGAGCUUCUGCCUCCAGAGUUAACCGCCGCUGUCUCAGCCUCUCCAGAGUCAACCACUGGCCCGGCACUUCCUGACUUCACCCCUGGCCUAGCCUGUGCCCAGUCCCUCCUGGAGGAGCUGGUCAACAUGGAACCUGUGUUCGAGGCAACCGCCCCGAUUACUCCUGCCCUGAGGCAACAACCUGAGUUGUAUCAACUCCCUCUUCAGGAGUCGCCACAGCAUUUCUAUCAAGAUGGAACCGGUGAUCACAUGUUCUGAAAUAAGUCUGUGACUUAAUUGAAAAAAGUAUGGCAUAUUGUCAACCUUUUCACUUUACUUCUUCUCUGAUUAUAUGAAUUGUGCUUAUUAUGAAAAAUGUGAAAAACAUAACUAGAAAAGUGAAUUUUAUGUUUUUACUUCUUCAACCUAUUCAAUGAAUGUCACAUGAGCACUUGUAUGGGCUGUCAUAAUGGACUGUCAUUUUGGGGAAAAAGAACAAAAAAACAUUAUACUUAAGAGUAUUCCUGUUAUGGCAAUUUUACAAAGUGCCACUUUUGUAUUCACUUAUAGUGAAGAUUGUGUUUUACACACGAUGAAGGUUAUUCUGAAGAUGGAUGAAACACAUUUGUAUUGGUUCUAUUGCACCUUGUGUUUUCAAACAUCAAUGUAGAGUUGUCUACAGUACAAGUAGAGGAUUGAUUCCUGCACUCUCUAUAUACAUAUAUUUAAAUAUAUAUUCAUUCACAUUGUUUACGAAAAAAUGUGUGUCUGUGCAAUGCUACUACAAAAGCCAUGAACAAAUAUUUCUAUUCUUCUAUUUUAAAAAAAGAAUUAUAUAUGAUGAGUAUAUAAUAUUAAAUGAUAAUAAAAUGAUUAUGUUUAA